AUGUGCUCCAGGCGACUAUUGCAACGGUACACCGCACGCUUACUCACCCUCGCCCACGCGAUCAGACUAGCCAAUCCAACUGGCAGACUUGCUGACUUGGUAACUCAGACCACUCGAAGGGACCCAGCGGUCCGUGCUUUCCGCCGAAACCGGCUCGUCGCCGUCCGUCUCUACGAGAGGCAUAGAUCUACUGUUCGUCAGUUAUCGCAGACUCAAGAGCCCCGCUAA